GUCGACAACAAAAGCGCUCGCCAUUUGCGUCUGGUGUUGCAAUGGCGUCUUCGGUCGUGUCUUCUGUGAAGAAUGGCGGUGAUCCUGGUUGGAUGUACUGUGGUGUCAAGCUAACCAUCCACAAUAUCAUUAUCCCAGAAGAGCGCCGAUCCCCAACUCCUUCGAUGCUUGAUGGUAUGGAUUCUGAGUUGGAAACUGAACUUCGCAUAAUGGGUUGCGAGUUGAUUCAAGAUUCUGGUGUCCUUUUACGGUUACCCCAAGUUGCAAUGGCCACAGCACAGGUGCUUUAUCAGCGAUUUUUCUAUUCUAAGUCGUUUAUUCGCCAUUUUUACGAGCACUAUUCAAUGGCUUGCAUUUUUCUGGCUGCAAAGCUGGAAGAGUGCCCUAGACGUAUCAGGGAUGUCAUCAACGUCUUUCAUCACAUUCGGCAAGUUAGGGAGCAGCGCGUUCCUACUCCAGUGAUGUUGGACCAAAGUUACAGCAAUUUGAAAAACCAAGUUAUUAAGGCUGAGCGUCGUAUACUAAAGGAAUUAGGUUUCUGCGUUCACGCGAAACAUCCACAUAAGCUCAUCAUCUGUUAUCUUAAGGCUCUUGAACAGGAGACAAACGGGAAACUUGUGCAAACGGCAUGGAACUAUAUGAAUGACAGUUUACGCACCGAUUUGUUCGUACGCUAUCUACCAGAGGCGAUCGCAUGUGCUUGCAUUUACUUGGCGGCCUGCAACUUAGGCAUUCCGUUACCCCGCCACCCGGCCUGGUGGGAGAUGUUCACCGUCGAUGACGAAUCGGUACGCGAGAUCUCUCUUUGCCUGUUGCGACUGUAUGCCCGCCCAAAACCGAACGUGACAGAGAUAGAGUCUGAAUUGUCUAAACUCCGUAAAAAUCUAAUGGAAGCGAAAGAGCGCGAGGUAGAGUUAAAAAAACAAGCACAAGCUGGUUCCACUCCACCUAAUCAGGUUGUUCAGGGUCCGGUUGACGUUUCACCAGCCUCACUUCCAGUGCCUGAAAAACCUUUAUCUUCUCAGGAUGAUGUUCCUCUCAAGUCAGGUACUCUGAAACCAGUGGGCGGCCAUUCACUACCACCGAACUCCGUCCUGGCCACUGCGAUCGCAACUGCAAAGGCAGUUGCGGCUAACAUCGCAUCCAAAGCGACCACGUGCAACAAUGCUGAGGCCCGACCUUCAAGUCCACUAUCGGCCGACCCACCUCCAAGCGAUUCCUCCAACUUGAGCUCACAUGCUGCUGCGGGCAUCCCGUCAAUCAAACGAGGGAAACGCUCCGAUUCUUCCCUCACCAAGAGGCGCCCCACUGAUUUGGUAUCAUCUGGACGCCCAGCUGCUUAUCCAAAUGUGUCACCAGAAAUUCCUCCAGAGCAUCGUAAACGUGAUCAGAAACGCAAGUCGAAACCACGCCCCUCGCGUCGCUCUGUCUCGCGCUCUUCUUCGUCCUCGAUGUCCCCGGCUAGUUGUGAUGAAAUUCGGCCUAAAGUGGCUCUUCCACCAAGCUCCUAUAACCGUUCUCACCCACGAAGUUACCGAAUUCAUCGGUCCAACGACAUACAGGAACUUAGCCAAUCAACAUCCGGCUCGGAGACCCCCACCAGUUCACCCAGUCCGGUUAAACGUCGGAAAAAGUCAUACAGAAAUAGAUCACGUUCCACAACUUCCAGCUCUUCUGCGUCUCCGGAAGCGCUCCGACGAAUUCAGUUGCAUACACAUAAAAAGCGUGGCCGUAAAAGCCGGCACGAAAUAACCUCUCCGUCUCACCGUGUAGACAAAUACCAAGAGACAAUCGCCUCUUUAUACUCUGAUGUUAAACGUCGUCUUUCUUCCACCUCAUCUUCAUUAGCAAAUGGCUGUGGUCGCUCAGCGGGGUUGCGAUCCAGUCACCAUAAAGCUAGUGAAGUUCCUGUUUCACGAAGUUCGUCCUCUCGCGAGCAUAAACGUCGCUGAUCUCCAUUAUGUACAUGCAUAGUCACUAUUCUAAUACGGCUCUGUACAAAUUUCCUUGCAUCAUUUCUGCAUUUCACUCAGAUGUUCGCCAACUAGUCUCACCUUGUUCUUUUUGCUCAAUUGUGAGCAUAAUCGGAGGGGAUUGUGUUACUUGAUUUCGGAUCACAUUGCAUUCUUUCUUUUUGUUGAUAGUACCUGACUCUUUGUUUCCUUCAGGACACCGUGACCAUUCGACCAUAGAUACCGAUCUAGCCUUCGUGAAUUCUGGUUUGGCCGAUUACGGACGGAGUCCACCCAGUUUGAGCAUCGAUAACAUCCGCGUAUCGCUCUGGUGAUUAUGAUGGUCCUGGCUGCAACGCUUGGAUUCCUCCGCGCCCACUGGCGGCUGCUGUGGUUAACGUUCGGUCAAGCGCCUCCGCCUUGCCCAGGUUAAUACCUUUCCUAUCCUGUUUUUCCUAUUCGUUAGUGCAUUAUUUCAGAGUUGAGCGAUUUUCGUGUUGCACAAUGGCACAGAGUGUUGCUAUUAGAACGAAUAGCAGUUUUCUGGGCUUACAUUCAGUCAUGGUUUUGGUUUCACCGACCAAUUGACGAACGUAAGUGACUGCACAGCAGUUACUUUUGCAUGGGUAGUGUCCAUAUCAGCGCUUUCAUUUGUGAACUGGGGGGAGUGGCGUUCAACUUCUGGUCCGAUAAGUUGCAACCGACUUUUACAUACAUGCUUGAUCAUCGUUAUCCACUGACUAAGCCGGAUUGCUUUUGUAGACGUUUGCCUACCAGCGAUCUAACUGUAAGCGUUCGGGUUCUGCGAUAGUUGUCACAGUGUUGCUGUGACGUAAGACAUUGCAUUGACUUGAGUUGGCUAUCACCGCACUUUCGGCAGUGGGUGACGUACUUUGUUGCAGUUGUGAACAUAUAUUGGCCUAGGAUAAGUGUCAUCUGCGGAAUAUUUUGCUGAUACAUUAGUAAUUUUACCGCAUCCUUGACUACUGCGGACCGAACUUCUAGUGUUAUGGUUUUCACGUUGCAGUUGGAUGCGAGUCUUGUUUGGUAAUCUUAAACCGAUGUCUGGCCAGUAGAAAGCGCAAAAUUGAUGAGGUCCUGUUGCUUGCAUUAUGUCCAUGUUCUGGCUCCAGAUGCCAAUCAAUAUUCCAUCCAUACUUGAAUAGCUGCAAUAGCGUACGGUGAAAGCGUUUGUCGCUUUGGCUUCCGGUUAAAGAAACUCGUCAUCUGAUUGGUCGUUUUUUAUCAUUACAAUUUCGCAGUUUCUUUCGAAGCGGUUGAAGCAAGCUUGGCGUCUAUUCCCGUUACUUUCAUCCUCUGGUUUGUGUAACGACAACUGCAAAUGCGCCACAUACCUUUGCCUAUCCUAUGUGUUCUUUUCCCCAGUAAACAUGUUAAUACAAGUUUUCUCUUGAUCUUCCAUUGUUCGUUCGU